AUGUUCUCAACAUCCCAAAUUCUCGUCAUCCUUCUUGCGGCCGUCAAUUUCUCUUUGGCUCUCCCUCACCCAGCUCCUGAAUCAAGUGCAAACCCACACUGGAAACAAAUCGGACGUUUAUUACGAAGCCGAGCAACAACUCAAGAAUAUGUGGCAUACUCUGUUGCUGGUAUCAACCAAUUGCAAACUUGGUAUUCCGCCGCAACUGGUUUGUGGGGAAAUUUGUGGUGGCCAUCUGCGAAUGUAGUCACCAUGAUGGCCGAUUUCGAAGAAUAUUUCCCUCACAUGGUAGAGCCAACCACACGUCUUGUCUAUCCAACAACUCUCAAAAUGGCACCUAUUUCCAGCGGUUUCGCCGGAUUUCUUAAUGGUUCUACGAUGAUGACUUGUGGUGGGCUCUUGCAUGGAUCAAAGUUUACGAUGUCACCAAAGAUGAUCACUACCUCGACGUGGCGGCGCAAAUCUUUGAAGAUUCCAAAAGUGUUUGGGGUCAAGCAACUUGUGGUGGAUUAUGGUAUGUUAUCCUCAUUCAUAUAUUGACCACGCGUCUGACAUUAAAUCAGGUGGGAUAAAGCGGAAAUCCAAAACGGAGCUGUAGAAAACGAACUUUACAUCACUACAGCUGCCAAACUUGCCAACCGUCGCCCAACAACUCCAUCUCCAGGUUAUUACUACCAAGAAGCCGUCAAAACGUACGAUUGGUUUAUUAAAUUCGGCUUGAUCAACAAAGACAACCUGAUCAACAACGGUCUCAACUUACAAACCUGCAAAAACGAUGGCAAUCCUGUCUUCUCCUACAAUCAAGGAAUCAUUCUCUCCGGUCUCGCUGAGCUUUCCUGGGCCUUGGCUGGUAUUAAGGAGCUUACUGACGAGAACGGUAUCCUGCACGAGAAAUGUGAGGCUACCAAGUCCUGCAAUGCAGACAUGGAACAAUUCAAGGGUGUCUUUGGACGCAACAUCCAGUAUCUCGUCAAUCGCGCUGCCAUUCCGGCCGAGACUCGCAAUACUUAUAAAACCUUCCUACAAAAGAACGCAGACAGCAUCUGGGCCCACGAUAAUGUCUCGAAUCAACUCGGCUUGGUAUGGAGCGGUCCUGACUCGAAAGCAACAGUGCAGACUCAAUCUUCCGCACUGGAUGCCAUCGUGGGUGCUGCAUGUGUUUCAUAA